AUGAAGAAUAUAUUGGCAGAUGAUUUACGAGCAUCUAAGAAGAAGAGAACUGCUUCUGAUGUUAUAGAUUUACUCCGAAUGGAAUAUGGAGUUGACCUCACGUAUAGUCAGGCAUACCACGGUUUACAAUUCACUAAGCGAUUUCUUUGGGGUGAUGACAUCAAUUCUUAUUCAGACUUUGUUUGGUAUAAAGAUGCCAUUGAACAUUACAAUCCUGGAAGCGUCGUGAAUUUUGAGUAUGAUAGUGGGACGCGUCGGUUCAAAAGGUUUUUCGUGGCUUUUGAAGCUUCUAUAACUGCUUUCAACAAUUACUGCCGUUCGAUGCUAUUUAUCGAUUGUACUUUUCUCACUGGGAAGUUCAAAGGUGGUCUUAUGGUUGCUUGCGGCAAAACUGAGAUCUAUCCAGUUGCAUUUGGAAUUGUAGAAUGUGAAAAUUGUGAGAGUUGGCAAUGGUUCUUAACCAAUUUGAAGGGUAUUAUUCGUGAAGAUUGUCCACUGACCAUCAUAUCAGAUCGUGGAAUCAGCCUUUUGAAGCAUGUGCAUGAAGUCUUCCCAAAUGCUUUCCAUUAUUUCUGUUUGUACCAUAUGAAAGGAAAUAUUCCUGUUCCAAAGGGAAGGAGUAGACAAACUGCAGUCAAGUGGGGUGAGAACACAUCUAAUAUUGCUGAGAGUUUUAACAACGUCAUUGAGCAUGAUACGCCGCUUCCAGCACUUGAUCUUGUUGAUGUUAUUCGUGCUAAGGUAAUGGAGCAGAAUUACAAGAGGUUAGUGGAGUCUAACAAGUGGACUACAAGGCUCACUCCUCGUAUGCAAGCAAGGUUUAACAAGAGGAUAAACGACUGUCGUUCAUACAAGUUUCGGAGAUCAAGUGAGAAGGUAUUUGAGAUCAUUUAUCCAAUGUCGACUUGGAUUCUAGAACUUGCAGCUGCAAAUGGUAGAAAAAACAUAGCUUUCCUUGCACUCAUGCAAUGA